CGCAAUACUGGAUGCGUCCGAAGCAUUUUAAGUGCCAUGUCGGGAUUCAUCAACUUCAACUCCUUCGACGUCAAGAAGGCAUUGGCUCUUGCCUUGAAGCGGAAGAAGGGCCAGAUCUCCUCCUCCGACUCUGAGGAGGCCAAGGCCAAGGCCAAAGCCAAGCCGAAAGCAAAGCCCAAAGCUGCACCAGCCCAGGCGCUGGCCAGCAUCGCCAAAGCGGCCGCGGAGAAUUCCACCGAAGGCCCGGAGCUGGUGAAGCGCUUCCUGGCGUCCGCGCGGGCGGAGUGGCUGAAGCUGAAAGGGGAUACCAAGUUGGACAAGAUCCAGGAGGCAGAUCGAGCACUGCUCGCAUCAGACCCUCCGAGCGAGGAGGUGCUGAGACCCUUGGUGGACCUCGUAGAAAUGCGAGCGCCUGACGAUCCAGAGUCGGGCAAGGUGCAGAAGGUGUGCAGCCUUUGCUUGGCCAACGAGCACUUGGCGGCUGAGAAGGUCUACCUGGAGCUCACCAUCGGCAACUCCACCUGGCCCAUCGGCGGUGGGGAGUUCCUCUCCAGCGACGGCCCCCAGCCAGGCAACCGCAUGUGGGGCCAGAAGUUGCGGAAGGUCAAAGAGACGCCCUCGAUCCUGGACAACGAGUCGCAGAAGAACGCGAUACAAGGGCUGAAGCGUCUUCUGAGCUUUGUCCAGGCAACCGAAGCAUGGAGGAGCAGCCAAUGAGCGAUGGAAAACGCAUCACAAAAAGACGC